CCGCCCACCUCCUGUCAAUCACCCUUAAAGUCCACGUCUCAGCUUUUUUUCCCCACAUCCAGAGAGUUUAUGACAGAAACUUUUUAACACGGAAUACGGACACAUUACUAAACAGGAGGUGAAUAAAGUUCACAGUAUGCUGCGGUGGAGAGUGCCAAAGCCCACUGUUUUGAGCCUUUUGCUAAUUCCGGCUGUGGCAGGGGUGCUUCUGUAUGGCUGGUACAGCCGCCAACCCGUUCAAAACAUCUCUCUGUCUGAGGGCAAGGUGCACGUGUUGCUGCUAUCAUCUUGGAGAUCUGGCUCAUCCUUCCUGGGCCAGGUGUUUAACCAGCAUCCCGAUGUCUUUUAUUUGAUGGAGCCAGCCUGGCACGUGUGGAUGUCUAUACAGAAAACCGGUGCACGUAGCUUGCGAAUGGCAGUGCGCGAUAUGAUUCGCAGCGUCUUCCAGUGCGACUUGUCGGUGAUGGACUCCUACAUCCCCCAACCACAAAACGUCUCCCGCAUCUUCAUGUGGAGCCACAGUCGCGCGCUCUGCUCUCCGCCCGCGUGUUUCCUCACAUCUCGCGAUGAGAUUAGCAAUGAACCAGAAUGCAAAAAGCACUGUGACACAGGGGGUUUGACGCUCGCGCAGGCGGCGUGUAAGACUUACAGCCACGUAGUGUUAAAAGAGGUUCGCUUCUUCGAGUUGGAGUCCCUUUAUCCUCUACUGAGGGACCCGUCGCUGAAUCUGCGCAUCAUCCAUCUUGUCCGUGACCCGCGAGCGGUACUUCGUUCCAGGGAGCAGUCGGUCAAAGCCCUGCUGAAAGACAAUGCCAUAGUACUUGAACAGGCUGAUAUUCCAGAGAAGGAUAGAUCCUACCAGGUCUUACAGGAGAUUUGCCGCAGUCAUGUGCGCAUUUAUGAGACUGCCAUGCUGAAGCCACCCGAUUUCCUACGGGGGCGCUACAAAAUGGUACGUUAUGAGGAUCUAGUGCGCAACACGCUGGCAGAGAUUGAAGCCAUGUACGAGUUUGUGGGUCUGGAGCUGACUGAAAAUUUACAGGAGUGGAUCUACCGCAUCACUCAUGGCAAGGGCAAGGGAACGAAGAAGGAGGCCUUCAAAAUCACUUCGCGUAAUGCAGAGGACGUCUCCUUGGCUUGGCGAACCACUUUACCGUUUGAAAAAGUCCAGCGCAUCCAGGACGUGUGCAAAGGAGCCAUGUCUCUGCUUGGAUAUCAGAUGGUGGAUAAUAAGAAAGAGCAAAAGAUGCUGGAUUUAGACCUCAUGAAACCACGGGAACGCUAUCAGUUCAGCUGGCUACCUUCUAAAAGCACUACCGCUAAAGUAUAGAGUUGCCCCAGUGAUCAAAUACCUAAAGAAUCGUGGGGAGUUUGUUCAACAGUUUUGUUCUCCUUUGCGUCAUACUAAAGUAAAAUCAACUUGGAACAAUCAUUUUCGUUGGAAACGGUGGAAAAUGUUUGUGGAUGACACAGUGUUCUAGUGACCAGCUUCUCUGUUAAACAAGACUAGAAGCGCUUUCUUAACACAACUUUUACCACUGGAUGCUGUUUUUGAAGAAAUUAUGGUCCAAUAAUUAACUUCAAAAUGUAUUUAUUGACAAGAAAACUAUUAUGAUGAUGGUGUUGUUGUUUUUGUUUUAAUCUAUGGAUCUAUGAUGGGACAAACGUCAAAACGUUCAGCUAUCUGCAGACUUUUACUGCAUUAAGCUGAGUAUCAAUGUCCUUGUGAAUAAAGCAGUUAAUAUUUGAUUGUAUGUAUAGAUUUAUGCUAGUGUUAUGCUAUUUUAAGAGUUUUGUUGAUUGUAGACUUCUUCUUGUCUUCUUGUUCUCACUGGAUUUACACUUCACUCAGACUUGGACCCCAAAAAACAAAAUGCAACUCUUUAAAAUGUGAUUUUUUUGAAGUUGAAUCCUUGCUACAAGUUGCUGAAAAGCACUUUACUUAAUAGCUUUAAACUAAACAAACAGAAAAAGACACACAUCCAACAAUAAAGAUGGGUGAAAGAACCAGAAAUAAAAAUGUAGCGUAAAAAAAAGGACCUGAAACGGCCCUAGAAAGUCCCCACAGAGCAGUGCUGCCAAUUUAGCGAUUUUGUCACUAGAUUUAGCAACUCCCCCACCACCUUUGAGACUUUUUUUCAAAAGCCUAGCGACAACUCUAGCAACUUCUUGGACAAACUUGGACAAAUCUAGAUUCCAUGACUUGCACACUGAUCUAUAUUUAUAUUAAUAUAUGUAAUGGAGGCCAGCUAGUAGUCGCUGUACAAGUAAACCUCAGUCCUCUGAUCUCAAGAGAUGCUCUAGCGACAGAUGCUAGAGGUUGCAGUCUUUAGCCUCCUCAUUAGAGCCUCCAACUCCCAUGCCGGAGACCCAGGUUCGAGGCCUGCGCAGAGCGGGGCGAGUAGGACCUGGGUAGAGGGGUUACAUUGGUGCCGUGACCCGGAUGUGAGUGAGGUUUAGGGGGGUGAGUGUAACGGAGGCCAGCUAGUAGUUGUUGUGCAAGUAAACCUCACUCCUCUAAUCUCAAGAGAUGCUCUAGCGACAGAUGCUGGAGGUUGCAGUCUUUAGCCUCCUCAUUAGAGCCUCCAACUCCCAUGCCGGAGACCCAGGUUCGAGGCCUGCGCAGAGCGGGGCGAGUAGGACCUGGGUAGAGGGGCUACAUUGGUGCUGUGACCCGGAUGGGAGUGAGGUUUAGGGGGUGAGUGUAACGGAGGCCAGCUAGUAGUCGCUGUACAAGUAAACCUCACUCCUCUGAUCUCAAGAGAUGCUCUAGCGACAGAUGCUGGAGGUUGCAGUCUUUAGCCUCCUCGUUAGAGCGUCCAACUCCCAUGCCGGAGACCCAGGUUCAAGGCCUGCGCAGAGCGGGGCGAGUAGGACCUGGGUAGAGGGGUUACAUUGGUGCCGUGACCUGGAUGAGAGUAAGGUUUAGGGGGUGAGUGUAACGGAGGCCAGCUAGUAGUUGCUGUGCAAGUAAACCUCACUCCUCUGAUCUCAAGAGAUGCUCUAGCGACAGAUGCUAGAGGUUGCAGUCUUUAGCCUCCUUGUUAGAGCGUCCAACUCCCACGCUGGAGACCCAGGUUUGAGGCCCGCGCAGAGCGGGGCGAGUAGGACCUGGGUAGAGGGGUUACAUAUAGAUCUGUGGAUUCGCCAGUAUGACACCAUCUAGCAACAUUUAGCAAUCAGUUUUUAGCUACUUUCAACUGAAAUCAAUUGCCAGCACUGCCACAAAGCUCCUAUAUACAGGAUUUUUCAAAGCAUAGACAUAAAAUACAUUUUAGUAUAAGCCAUAAAGUCGCAUGACUCGAGAAAAAAAGAUGUUUUGAGCUCUUAAAAAUCUUUAAUAUAUUAUCUAACAAAUUCAGAAAAGUGAUUAAAUUUUUUUCACCACAUACUUGAAAAGGAUAGCCUUGAUAUACUUGGAAAAUGUACCAGGGGAGAAUGAAAAUGCAUAAUUGCCCCCAACCCCCCCAGGAAUAAUUUAACAAAACUACUGUGCCAUAUGUGCUGCUCAGCCAUCACUAACCAUCAAGAAAGAAGUGUUGAUGAAGUGUUAUUCAGACACAAAGGUUUUUUUGUGUGAUUAUUUUAUUACAUGUUUGUUUGUGAUAAAACAGUAUGUGAUAGUCUAUAAAUGGUCUAAAGCUAUAAGGACUUUGAACCUGGAUGUCAGACACGCUUUCAUUUUACAGUACUACAGUACUGCUUUGUUUGUCAUUUACAUAAAGGGCUUUUAUUAUUCUAUGUGCUUGUGCUCUAGAAUUUCUCUGUACACUUACUGAACCUAAUUUGAUCAAAUGUACGCUUUUUUAUUUUUAUUUUUUUAUUAUCAUUGAUUGAGGUGUUUCCGUUUCAUGAGAUUGUUUGAUUACAAUGGGAGCUGGUAUUUUAUUGAAGUUUGAAUCACAUUGAUUUAUAUUCAACAUGUCAAACAGUGACUUUGAUUAGUUGAAGUGUAAAUAAAAGUAAAGAUCAAGAGUCUCUUCACAUAACAAAAUGGAUUUUAAUACCUGAUGUGCUCAGGUGGGAAGUCUGAUAAUGUAUCCAUCAAAAUCCAUGUUGUUAUUAAAAUAUAUAUAUAUAUAGAUAGAUAGAUAGAUAGAUAGAUAGAUAGAUAGAUAGAGACUUUAGGAAAUAAGAAAAAUGAAUCAUGGUACUCAUUUAGAAUGUCAGUAUUUAUGUUUGGUGUUAGUAAGGUGUCUCUAGAUUUACGAAUACUGUUGGUGUUGUGGUUGUUUGCACAUGUUCAGUGUAUAAACAUUAUACCUGGUUUGUUUGAAUCUGUCUAAUUGAUCAAUGUUGCAUGUUUGGUGAAAUUAAGUAAAACUGUGAAUGUUUUUCCCCCACUUUUUACCUUACACACUUUCUUUGACAACUGAUCAUUAAAAAAACCCUGCUGUAGUAAUGUGCAUAUGUUGGAAGAUAAUAAACUACCUACAUUAUCACACACUUGAAAGGAGUAUCAGAAAGUGAGGACCCGAAACCCACACCCACACCCUAUCCCCCUCACAGAAAACUUUGAAUUUUUACAAUUUAUAAAAACAAAACAUUAUUUGCUUA